AUGACCCGUUUAGCCCUAUCGCCGACGUCUCCAUGGUUAAAAGCAAUCCAUCAGGGAAACUGCUUGGCAUUAGAGACGGUUAGAACAUAUGUUGGGGUAACAUAUGAUGUAGUCCCUAGGAGACUAGCCCUUAAGAGGCCCUUAACAAGUAGAUUUAAAUGCGGGUCCGAUGGCAGGGCGGGAUAUUGCAAAGAUUUACGAUGUUGA